UCCUCUUUGUUUUUCCUUGUAGGUAUCUAUCAUAUGUUGGGACUUCUUCUUCGCGGGUUAUGCAUUUUUCCAGCUACAGUUGGUCAUCAAGCUCUCGUCGCAUCAGUUCAAUACUUAAAAGGAGAAGAUAUAGAAGAAGAUAUGGAAACAUCAGAAGAAGAUGAGGACUUUGAUGAUGAUGAGGACUUAUAUGAUACCGAUUGGGAUUGGAUGGUGGUUGAUUAUCAACGAAGGGACUUUUCAGAAAUUUCUCUAUUGCAUUUUCUUAUUUAUACUUCUGAUCUUGCCUUUUUUAUUAUUAUUGUGUACUUCUGGUUUUUUAGGUUUUCUCGCUGUUAUUAGAGAUCUCUUUAGUGUUUCAUAUGUUGAAACUAGCUGAGUGAUUUGUGCUUCCUAAAGACUAGGUGAAUUAGGUAGCAA